UGCGACCCUUCGACACGUCUUCAAGAUGGCAGCCACCAGAAGUACAGCUGUUCUUCUCCUCUUGCUGUUUAUCCAGUCUUUUUCUGGCUAUGGAGCCGAUGAAGCUUGCCAUCAGUAUGCCGGUGGUCACGUCUACCCACAGGAGACUAGUAAAACCGCAUCCGGUCACAGUCUUGUGUGGAGCAAGGCGCAAAUUUCUAAGCCAGCACCAGACUUUGAAAGUACAGCCGUCGUUAACGGCGAGUUCAAAGAAAUUAAGCUUGAGGAUUUCCGUGGGAAGUACCUUGUCUUCUUCUUCUACCCGCUAGACUUUACGUUUGUGUGUCCAACUGAGAUCAUCGCAUUCAGUGAUGCCAUCGAAAAGUUCCGUGAAAUAAACACAGAGGUUCUUGCUUGCUCUGUUGACUCUCAGUUUACUCACCUUGCCUGGAUUAACACCCUGAGAGAAGAAGGAGGGCUUGGAAAGAUGAGAAUCCCACUGCUAUCAGACUUGACUCACCAGAUCUCCAAGGACUAUGGAGUAUAUCUUGAAGACCUUGGACACACAUUGAGGGGUCUGUUCAUCAUCGACGACAAGGGCGUGCUGCGACAGAUCACGAUGAACGAUCUUCCCGUCGGACGCUCCGUGGACGAGACUCUGCGACUGGUGCAGGCGUUCCAGUACACGGACAAACACGGAGAGGUGUGCCCCGCUGGCUGGAAGCCUGGCAGUCCCACGAUCAUUCCUACUCCACAGGACAAGCUCCAGUAUUUCAACAAGGUGAAGAGUGAUCUAUAAACGCACAGGGUGAUGCGACCCGAUGAACGAUCUGUUUCUAGAGAUUACUGCAGGGAACUUUUUCAGUGACAUUUCGGAGCAAAAAAAACGGUGAAAACAUGCGGCGUUAGCAGGAUGGGAGAGCAUUCAGGAAAGUUAAAAAACUGAUGCAUUAGACUAUUGUUGAAAACAUAAGUUUCUUGUGCAGAAUGUUGCUCAUAACCGGGUGGCUGACAUUAGUCCUGAUCACAGAGUUUUUGUAUUGGUUUUGAAAUUUGAUACUGAAAGAAGCACUAGACUAAUACUUUUAUAACUGUCAUGAUUGGUUAUUUGUGUGUAUAUUCUGUGAGAUGUUGUUAGGAACAUACACUGAAUUUUUGGGUGAUUCAAAAUGAGUUUGUUCAAUAAUAGUAAGGAUUUGUGAAUGUGGUUAGCCAUGUCAAACCUUUUACAGGUGCAUUUGUAAAACGUGUUUAUAGUUAUAAUCAAUAAUACUUUUUAUAAAGCACAAAGUAGAAAAUAAAAGGUGAACUACAAAGUA